UCGGUGUGUUCGAACUUGAACAGGCGGCGUGGGUUUUUGUUCAGCGUCAUGGCCGCACACGGUCACAGUUUUAUCCGGCUCCGGUUGCUCUUCGACUACCCRCCGCCUGCCGCGGUCGGCUGCCGGAUGUGCUGGCUGCUCGUGGACCUGAACUCGUGUCGCGUCGUGGCGGAUCUGGAGAGCGUGAUCCGGGAGAAGUUCGAGUUCAGCCGCGGAAGCAUCCUCAGCCUGUUCGUGGAGGACUGCUACCUGCCGCACACCGAGAGCAUCUACGUGGUUCGGGACAAYGACAGCGUCAGGGUGAAGGUGGACCAUUUGAGUCAGCUGAACGGGCACAGCAGCUUUUCAGACACCGCAGCAGAGACCUGCAGAAAGAGACCAAGAGACACCGGGGAGGACGGAUCAGAAGUGGAAAGCUUGAGUGCACAAUGCAAGAAGAAGAAGAAGAAAAAGAAGAAGAAACAGUCUCAGAAAGAAACAGAGAACUCAGCAGAAGGAAGCUGUUUGAUCACAGCUGCCAACAAGAACGAGGAGACACAAGGCAAAAAGCACAAAAAGAAGAAAAAGACAAAGACAGCAGCUAACAGUCAUGCUGCUACACCAAAACCAGCUGCUCCAAACAACAAGUCACUUUGUGUUAGUAAGACAAAUAAAAAGUCCAAGAACAUGACGACAGCAUCAUCUAAAAAACAGAACACCACCUCGUCACAGAGUAGUGUUGGCAGCAGUGAGGAGAAAAAAGCUCAAGGGAAAAAAACCAAAGCAUCAUCAUCUAUCAUCGUCUCAUCAUCAUCAUCCGCUUCCAAAAAAAACCCAAAACCUGUCCAGCCCCCCGCCCGAACCCCCUCGUCAUCAUCCUCAGACACAGACUCCUCGGAGGAGGAGGCUGUUCAAGUCCCGCCAAAACCCAACCCUCUAACACCCUCCACGCAGUCCAUAAACUCUUCCCUGACACCUCCYGCCGGACCAGUCCGGGCCCCCGCUGACACGCUCACAGAGCCUCGACAUCGAAACAGCAGCCAGCUGGUUAUCGGACAUCAGCAACCCRCCCAAAGCCUGGCGGGCCGCAGCAGUGGGCAGGAAGGGUUUUUGGCAGGUACUGGUCAUGGAGACAGGGGGAAGGCUGAAAGUAGCUCUGAGUCCAGCUGCAGGGAUGCAAAGGAGCCUUCCUACCAGACGGAUUCCCUGACCAACGUGUCCGUCGUCCYUCAGAAUGAAGCAGAACAUGCUCCUCAGAAGGACUACAGCUCAAUGCCUCUGUUAGCUGCACCCCCACAGGUGGGCCAGACCAUCGCCUUCAAGCUGCUGGAGUUAACAGAGAACUACACACCUGAAGUAUCUGAAUAUAAGGAGGGAAAAAUCAUAAGCUUUGACCCAACAACCAAACACAUUGAACUURAACUUCUUAAUGCCUCUCAAGCAGCUCCUGUAGAACCUGGCAAGUUUGAUCUUGUCUAUCAGAACCCAGACGGCUCAGAAAGAGUAGAGUAUGCCGUUUCCAGAGGGUCAUGGGUGGCAGAACGCUGGGAGUCUCUGCUGGAACCACGACUCGUCAUUUAAUCAUUAUGCCACUUUAUUUAAAGACUUGGGUUUUUCUGAACUGGGACAUUUUUGUAUCGGAGAGUGAUCUGUCUGAAAUAAACUUUUUUUCUGAUAAAAUAUUAA